AUGUUCUUCUCUCGGAAACGUGACGACCAGGCGUCGUAUCCCAAGGUCCCGCUCACUCUACGUUCUGAUCCGUAUCAGACCAUCGAUACUCCGCAACAUGAUGCCCGUCCAGCCGACAACUCCAAGAUCACCCCGUACCUCGGUAUUCGGUCUCAAAUGUCCCAAAUCUGGCUCAAUCGUUGGACUAUUCUUCUCCUCCUCGUCCUUGUCCGCGUUGUUCUUCUUAUAGCCUCACUCAAUGACAAUGUCCAAAAUGCCAAGGACAAGGCCCUUUCGGCUUGCAGCAAGGUUGAAGAUGUCGGGAGUGCCAUGGCCUCCAUGCCGCACUACUUAUCCGCCGGCGUGAACGCGUUGGCGGCCAAAGGCAUGGAGGAGGCUGUGCACGGAAUGGUCACGAUGCUGGAUCUCAUCUUGCAAGCUGUGCCGGCAAUGAUUGUUUUCUACAUCAAUUGGUUGGUCGCUACCUACGCCUGUCUCAUCACUGCCUUGGUUCACGCCAGUUUGGAAGUGGUAGCAUCGGUUGCAGAAGACGCCACCAAAGCCUUCAACACCGUGAUUGACGGCGCUACGAAAGAAAUAAAGGAAAUUGGCCAGGGGCUGGAAGAUGCCAUCAACAGUGUCACAAAGGGCAUUCAAAACUCCGUCUUUGGAAAGCUGAUUCCCAAAAUCCCCACAGUCGAUUUCUCAAAGCCACUUGACGAGCUCAAGGCCUUCAAUCUCAACGCAAGUGGCUUCGUCAAGGACGUGCAACAGCUCGACCAAGAUCUUCCUACUUUCAAGGAAGUUCAGAACCUCACCAGUCAAGCCGUCUCAUUCCCCUUUAAGCUUGUCCGCGAAGCCCUCAACGAGUCGUAUGGCAGCUGGACCUUCAAGAAAGACAUCUUUCCACUAGCCCAGAAAAAGAAGAUGACGUUUUGCUCCGACAACGACACGCUGAGCAAUUUUUUCCAAAAGCUGUUCGAUCUCAUCCACAAAUUCAAGGUCAUUUUUCUGGUGGUCCUCAGCUUGCUCGCUGCGCUCGCCAUUGCACCCAUGGCUGCGUUUGAGAUAUACCGAUGGAAGCGCCGGGCGAAGCACGGCGAGCGCAUCGAACAGAACCGAGUUGAUAACAUAGAUAUGAUGUACAUUGCAUCGCGUCCGCUGACUUCCCGGGUCGGCAUCAAGUUUGCCUCGCGUCUUGAAGGAGACAGAAAGCUUCUCAUGAGGUGGUGCGUCGCCUACGCCACAUCUCCAUCGGCUCUUUUCGUCCUGUCCCUCGCCAUGGCUGGCCUCUUUUCGUGCCUCUGCCAGUGGAUCCUGCUCAAAGCUGUGCAGAAGGAAGUUCCCGAAAUCACAGCAAAGAUUGGCGAAUUCAUCGAAGACGUGGUCAAGUCCUUGGAGCAGGUCUCGGCGGACUGGGCCAAGGACGCGAACAAAGUCGUCACUGGCUUCAGCGACGAAAUUAACCAUGACGUGUUGGGAUACGUUACCAACGCCACAGAUGCUGUCAAUAACACCAUUAACAUCUUUGUUGACAACAUGAACAAGGGCCUGGAGACAGUGUUUAACGGCACGAUUCUCAUGAAACCGAUCAAGGACGUCGUCUACUGUGUCAUUGGCAUGAAGGUGGAAAGCGUCCAAAAGGGCUUGACAUGGGUGCACGACCACGCGCACGUUAGCUUUCCCCUGUUCCCCAACGACACCUUUAGCAAGGGCGCGAACGAGUCCGUGUCCGGCGACAACGACCUCCACUCGUUCCUCGCCUCGCCCUCCGCUGUAACAACCGACGAGGUGAGCGGUGCCGUCGAGCACGUCGUCAAGUGGCUGGUCAACAGCAUAAUAAAGGAGGCACUCAUCUCGACCGGCAUCCUCCUCCUCUACGUCAUCGUUGUGCUGAUGGGCGUGGUCCGCACGCUGGUGGGCAUGGUGACGGCUGGACGCUCGAAGCAGGCGGAGGUGGAGGUGCGGUACACGGGCGAUGAUCGGCCGUCACAGAGCACUGGCGUCGCCAAUGGCAAGUUCAGGAACGAGGGGAAUGAGGAUUCCCAGCUGAGGUACGCCCAGAUGAAUGAGAAGAGCGCGGCAUACGGGGGUCAUGGACCGAGCGGCGGCUUCUAA